CUGAGAUUAUUUAGUCGUGUUUGGCUUGGUGUUUGACAGUCAUUUAAAAACAAUAUUUGAUUAGCGUUGAAAUAAUGCUGAGAUUGUCAAUUAUUUGCAUAGUUAUAUUCUUUUAUGUAACAAUUGUAAUAUGCAAUGUAGAAUACAUACCGAAUCUCGAUAAAUUGGGAAACUUGACAAUAAAAUAUGGUAACACAACCGAAAUUCGUUUUCAUUUAAAAGACCCCAGCAAUAUUUUGGUCCAAUCGCAACUCGAUCUGAUACGAUUGGAACAAAUUCGACAAGGCGCAUUGCUCGAUCAACUCUUGGAGAAGUUUCACCAGUUGACUAGCCUAGAGUACCAAGAGUUUCCUGGUAGCUGUGCAGAGGCGACAGCUCUGAAUCGUAAUUCAGGUAUCUACCAGAUUCGUAUUCCCGAUUACAGUUUGCAUCCGUUUAUUGUCAGUUGCGAUGAGGAUUCGCAUGGCGGUGGAUGGACAAUUGUGCUGCAUCGUCAAGAUGGAAGUGUGGACUUCUUUCUUUUUUGGAAGCAAUAUAAAAAUGGGUUCGGUAACGUAAAAGGCGAGUUCUUUAUAGGGCUAGAAAAGCUGUAUGCCAUGACUAAAGAGCUGGACCAGGAACUGAUCAUAGUCAUGGAAGAUGUGAAGGGAGAGAAGAGGUAUGCGAAAUACAAUCGAUUUGCGAUUGACAGUGAAGCGAAUCAAUAUGCCUUGAAAGUGUUGGGCGAAUAUUCCGGAGAUGCGGGAGAUUCAUUGAGUGCCCAUGUAAAUCACAAGUUUACAACCCAAGAUCGCGAUAACGAUGGUCAUAAAGACAAUUGUGCAAAGAUGUUUACAGGCGCCUGGUGGUAUGCCAGCUGCCACACAAGCAAUCUGAUGGGGAAGUACAAUGACAGCACUUUCGGAAAGGGCAUCAAUUGGCUGGCUUUCACGACUCACACGGCCUCCUUGAAGCGUGUACAAAUGAUGAUAAGACCAAAAAGGUCGUGAAAUACAAUAGUGUACUUUUCAACACUAUGCAUAAAUAAAUGAAUACAUCACAUUUCGUCAGGUGAUGAAACACCUUAG